AUGAGUCUUGUGCCUGAAAACAAAUGGGUUAAGGUGGGUCAGAAAGGAGCAGGUCCUGGACCGAGAAGCUCACACGCCUUAGCCGUCGUGGGGGACAAAGUCUACUGUUUCGGCGGUGAGCUUAAGCCGACGAUCCCAAUCGACAACGAUCUCUUCGUCUUCGAUCUCAAAACCCAGGAAUGGUCCGUAGCCCCUGCAACCGGAGACGCUCCGUUCCCCUGUUUCGGAGUCUCAAUGGUCACAAUCGGCACCACGAUCUACGUCUACGGUGGCCGCGACGAAGCUCGGAAAUACAACGGCUUGUAUUCCUACGACACUGUCGCCAACAAAUGGGAAUCGCUUACUCCCGUCGACGAAGGGCUUCCCGGCCGUAGCUACCACUCGAUGGCUGGUGAUGACCGGAAAGUUUACGUCUUUGGUGGGGUUUGUCGCGAAGGGCGUGUGAACACGUUGCACGCUUACGACGUGGUUGAUCGGAAAUGGGUUGAGUAUCCGGCGGCUGGGGAAGCUUGCAAAGGGAGAGGAGCGCCGGGGCUCGCGGUUGUGAAAGGGAAAGUUUGGGUUUUGUUUGGUUUCGACGGCGAGGAAUUGGAUGAUAUCCAUUGCUUUGACUUGGCUAGUCAAAAAUGGACCCACGUGGAAACCACCGGGGAUGUGCCGCCGGCGAGAAGCGUGUUUCCGGUGGUUCCUUACGGGAAGCACAUUGUGAUAUACGGUGGGGAGGAGGAGCCGCAUGAGCUGAUGCAUAUGGGAGCUGGGAAGUUGACUGGAGAUGUUUACAAGCUUGACACAGAGACAUUGGUGUGGGAGAAGCAUGUGGACGUGGCUGGGGAGGAGAAACCGAGCCCACGCGGGUGGUGCGCGUUUGCGUUUGCGGUCAAGGAUGGUGAGGAAGGUUUGCUGGUUCACGGUGGGAAUUCUCCGACCAACGAGCGUCUUGAUGAUUUGGUGUUUUUGGGUUUCUCGUUUUAG